GUGACAGUCAGUGGUGACAGCUGGCUGAUCACGUCUACUGUACACUGGUGGGUUGGAGUGGAUUUAUUUUCUUGGGAAAUUCUGUUCUGCUUUAAGGGUCGCUUACUCAGUCAUUCAUCUAAAUAAAUUAAAUUAUCGAGUUAAUUCGUAAAAGAAUUUACGUGAAUUUAUUUAAGUGAGAAGAAGAGAAAAUCAACGCUAUGGUCGUAUUAGAAGGAGAAGCUGGAGAUGCAAAACCUAUCGCCCCUGAAGAAGCAGAAAAAGAAGAUUCCAAACCCCCAGUUCUUCUGAGUUUAGAAAUUUUCCGUCUGACAAAGGAUGCACAGCAACAACAUGGUCUCCGGCAUGGAGACUACCAGAGGUACAGAGGAUACUGCUCAAGGCGUUUAAGACGUCUCCGGAAAGUACUUAAGAUUCCACAGGGUGACAGACGGCACUACCGCCGGCGUGACGUGACGGCGUCCCACCUGCUGUCAGCGGGCGGCGAGAGCCGGCUGCUGUGCGUGCCGCUGCUGCAGGCCGAGCGGGCCUGGGCGCACGCCAUGCAGCUGCGGCAGGAGGCCAACACCGAGCCCCGCAAGAAGUUCCAUCUUGUCUCACGACUCAAGAAGGCCUACUCCCAUGCACAGACCUUGUUGCAACUGUGUGAAGAGAGUGGUGCAUGCGACGCGCGAACCCUGCUUGAAGCAGGCGCAUACGCUGCUUGGCUGAGCGGGAUACUGCUGGUGGAGCUCCAGCAGUGGCGUGUGGCCGCUGAAGCGCUGCAGCGCGCUCAGCUCGUGCUGGACAAGCUCUGCGCAGCCCUGCCCGAGGACGAGCGGAUUGUCUACAAGCAAAAGGUGGAAGAACUGAAGCCAAGCUUGCGUUACUGCGCGUACAACAUAGGCGACGAGUCUGCUGCAGGCGACCUGGUGGCCAUGCGUGGACAGGGACUCAUAGAUAACCUGGACUCACUCAUGGCGCAGGCCAAGGAAUCUCGUUCGGGCGUAAUGCACGAGGUGGAGUGGCGCGGGCGCCGCGUGACCGUGCGCCCGGAGAAGGCGAGGCUGUUCCUCAUCGCGCUCCAGGACCUCGACCGCUCCGUGGCCGGCGCCGGCUCCGUGCAGGCCAAGAUCGAUGUCCUCGAGAACAUUCUCAUGGACUGCAAGGACGCCAUCUCCGCUAUCAAGGACGAGAUCAAGAACGACCCCAAGCUGAAGUCCGCGUCCGAAACACAAAUGUCCGGCAUCAACUACUUACUCUCCUAUAUGAUGUAUCUGCGUCUCAUUCGCACCAUCGAAAGGAACAAUCUACUGGUGGAACAGGCAGAGCAGGCGCGCAAGAACAAUAUUCAAAUCGACGGCAAGAAAGUCCGACCCCACGAUCUGACGAGACUUUACGAGAUCAUCCUCCAGAACUUCACUGAGCUUCAGCAACUGCCCGGAUUCGAAAACGAUGCUAAAUACCAGCAGGAGAUCGAGCAGCAAAUGAAGGCAUAUAGAGCAUUCCGCUGUUUCUACAUAGCGCAGGUUCUCACCGGCUUGAGGCGGUUCAGAGAAGCCCUGGCGAUGCUGGAGAGGUGUAACACCUACACGGCGGAGUCGCUAGCGAGCAAGCUAGGUGACAAGUUGCUGGUAGAAAAGUUACAGACUUUAAAGAAAGAUAUCGAAAGCUGCAAAUUUGAAGUUCACGCGGAUUCUGUUCUAGAAGAUGAAGAUGACGAUGAGGAGAAUAAAUAUACUAGUGGGAAGCCUCACAAGGACAAAAAGCCAUUGGUGGAUCGUCUGGACGAGUACCGCGAGGAUACUCAGGUACUUACUAAAAACCCGAACAUUUACAAGAUGCCCCCGCCGAUGGAGGCGAUACCCUGCAAACCUCUCUUCUUCGAUUUGGCGUGCAAUUUCAUAGAGUUCCCGAACUUGGAUGAUAAGACGGGGGCCGCUGAUGGCAAGAAGCAAGGCGCUGGCCUUACUGGGCUGGUCAAAGGGUUCCUGGGGUGGGGGAAAAGCGACAAGUAAAUAUUUACAUUGGGUUUUAAGACUGUAUUUAAGUCUUAACUAUUCAUGAAAUAACAAGUUAUUACGUAAAAAAUUAUAUUUGACUUUUGUUGCAGUCUUAAUCCAGAAUAUAUUAUGGUGUAUUAUAAACAGAUUUUGUUUUCGA